CGCGGGGGCGGGAGCGGCGGAGGCGGCCGCCCCUGGCGGCGGGUUUGUUUAUCCCGGAGAAGAAGUUUAGGAGCGGCAGAUAGGGAAGGAGGGUGGACUGGGGCGGAGGGAUGCGGCUCGGCAGAGGCUGCCGCCACAGGGACUCGCCGCCAUCGCCCCCGCCGCCGCCGCCGCCGUCACAACCUCGGCUCCCGGGGCCCUCUCGGCCGCCGCCUCAGCCGGAGAGCAGCCGCCKCGAGGAUUGCUCGCCGUCGCCCCGCAAGUCCUGGUAGAGUACUCAGCUGUGUGGGUUACUGCAUAAAUCAUAAAAGACUAUAAUAAGGUGAUAAUGUCUCGGGAACCCAGCCCACCUCUGCCUGGAGAUAUGUCCACUGGUCCUAUAGCAGAAAGCUGGUGUUACACACAGGUUAAAGUAGUAAAGUUUUCCUACAUGUGGACCAUUAAUAACUUCAGUUUUUGUCGAGAGGAAAUGGGUGAAGUGUUAAAAAGUUCAACAUUUUCAUCUGGCCCAAGUGACAAAAUGAAAUGGUGCCUGAGGGUAAACCCAAAGGGAUUAGAUGAUGAAAGUAAAGACUACUUGUCCUUAUAUUUGCUUUUAGUCAGCUGCCCCAAAAGUGAAGUUCGAGCAAAAUUCAAAUUUUCUCUUCUGAAUGCUAAAAGGGAAGAAACAAAAGCAAUGGAAAGCCAAAGAGCAUAUCGAUUUGUGCAAGGGAAGGACUGGGGAUUUAAAAAAUUCAUUAGAAGGGAUUUUUUGCUUGAUGAAGCUAAUGGUCUUUUACCAGAUGACAAGCUUACAUUAUUUUGUGAGGUUAGUGUGGUCCAAGAUUCAGUAAACAUAUCAGGACAUACGAAUACAAAUACUUUGAAGGUGCCUGAAUGUCGAUUAGCAGAAGAUUUAGGUAAUCUCUGGGAAAACACAAGAUUUACAGAUUGCAGUUUUUUUGUGAGAGGACAAGAAUUUAAAGCUCAUAAAUCUGUGCUUGCAGCUCGAUCCCCAGUUUUUAAUGCAAUGUUUGAACAUGAAAUGGAAGAAAGCAAAAAGAAUCGAGUGGAAAUAAAUGAUUUAGACCCUGAGGUUUUUAAAGAAAUGAUGAGAUUCGUUUACACAGGGAAAGCACCAAAUCUUGAUAAAAUGGCUGACAACUUGUUGGCAGCUGCAGACAAAUAUGCACUGGAACGACUGAAGGUCAUGUGUGAAGAAGCUUUGUGUAGUAACCUCUCAGUAGAAAAUGUUGCUGAUACCCUUGUCCUUGCAGAUUUGCACAGUGCAGAACAGUUGAAAGCACAAGCCAUAGACUUUAUUAAUAGGUGCAGUGUACUUCGACAACUUGGGUGUAAAGAUGGGAAAAACUGGAACAGCAACCAAGCAACCGACAUAAUGGAAACAUCAGGGUGGAAGUCCAUGAUUCAGUCUCACCCUCACUUAGUAGCAGAAGCCUUCCGGGCAUUAGCAUCUGCACAGUGUCCACAGUUUGGCAUUCCACGCAAACGGCUAAAGCAGUCCUGAAAUCUUCCAUGAACAGUAGGAAAAAAAAGGAAUUGACUUUUACUCCUCCAGGUCCAGAAGGAUUCUAAUACACAAACCAUAAGCAAGAGUUGUUUCUGUUUUCUUGUCCACAGAACAGAAGCUGAAAAAGCAUACUGCUUGCAUUUCAGGUGGAUAAUUUAUGGUUUAUACUUCAGCUUUAAAUUAGACUGAUUACUUCACUUCAAGGCCUUAAAUUAUCUUCAAUGACUUCUCUUGUUCAUAUAAUAACUUUAAUUUUUUUAUUGUGCCUUGUCAUUUUGACCAAGGCUAUGCAGGAUUGCACUAGCUCCAUAAUGCAGUAAUAUUGAUAACUGAAGAUAUUAAGUUUCAAAAGGAUCUUCCAUUAUUUUGGGGAAAAGAAAAUGAAUUUUAUAAAGUUUGUCCUAUGCUAUCUCAAAGUUUAAAACUAGAUUCUCCUUAAAAAGCACUUCUAUUGGAGGUUAUCAGUAAUGUCUCCAGUUUAAGUUCUAUAAAUAUAGGAGAACCUGCUUACCUGCAAGGUAAGUUAUGGCAAUACACUGCUUCRAUUCUAAUUUAUUUUUCAUUUCAGGGGGCAAAUAUGCAGUGAGUUGGCCCAGAUUUUUAGUAAAAUUUGUUUGUCUGUAUGUUAGCUGUCCAAGAAACUGUGGGUUUAUCCAAGUUUACAAUGAUUGAAAACUGAUUGAGGUUAAGAUUUCAAUAAGCAGAAAGUAUGUAUUGUGCUGAAGUAAUUUUUUCUUAAUUUAUAAUGACCUACCUAUAUGAAGAAUUCUGUACAUGUUAAAAGUAAGGAUGACCAAAUGUAAAUUUAAUGAGUGGGCCAAUUAAGGAAGAUAUAUAUGCACUUUUAAUGUGUAACUUUUGUAUGUUGAAUGGUACAUAUAUUUUUUGCUUUGGGGGGAUUAUUUAGGUAUAAUUAAUUGUGUUUCAAUUUUUCAAAGAAAUUUGUAAGACGGAGGCAACUGAGAUGUUUGAUAUUAAUAGAUAAGAAAGAUAUCCACUAUAGAUAAAUUGGUUUGGAUUUCAGAUAUUCAUUAUUGGAUUUAUCCUUGUUUUAUCA